AUGGCGGUAUUUGAGUCCGCUCUCACUCUUGCUAAUGUUGAUUUGAUCACACCAUCACCAGUUCACCACCUUUUGUUUUUAGUCAUCAGUCCAUCACUCCAUCGUUGCUCCACGUCACCGUUGUUGGAUCUUCGAUCCAUGCCGACAUCUCUUCCACAUAUAACCACCUUCACAGUGACCACCACCACCACCACCACCACCACCACCACCACCACCAUCCAACCUACAACAUACUACCACCACCGACCUCUACCACCCGCCACAACCACCCACCAACAUGACCAUCACCCACCACAACGACCCAUCACCACUACCACUCAUUACCACGAUCACCACCAUCGCCUCCACCACCAACCACUACUCAUCACCACUACCCACCACCAACUACCUCCACUACCUACCAUCGUCUGCCACCACCACCCCAAGACCACCAUCACCACCACCAGCUACCACUACCGCCUACCUACCACUACCCAUCACCACGAUCACCACCAUCGCCCCCACCACCAACCAUUAGCCAUCACCACCAGCUACCUCCACCACCACCCCAUGACCACUAUCACCACCACCACCCAUUGA